GGAACGACCGCAGCGAUACGCCGCACUCAGCCGCCGUAGCUGCGCAUGUUUAGGGUUUAAAAAUAGAGUCGGUAUGACCACCCCGCCGCCUCCUUAAACCCCUAUCGCCGCCAUCAUUAGCACCCAGCGAGAUAACGACCGAACACUUCGCGGCCUGUUUCCCUGAUGCCGCCGAUGCGGAUGCUGCGCGCUGCUGCUGCCGUCUCGGCGGCGACGGCCGCCGCGGGCACUAUAGCUGCUCUCUCCGACCCUGCUUACGCUGACGGUUAUUUCCGCUUUCCGUUUCUGUCUUCUCCUGCACAAACUCAAACGUCGCCCGACGCCCAGAGCGCGGGGUCCCGUCCGCCGGGAGGGGGUCAGAGCACUGCGUCUUCGUCUUCGUCUUCCUCUUCGUCGUCCGGUGGGUUUGAUCCGGAGUCGCUGGAGCGUGGGGCGAAGGCGUUGCGGGAGAUCAAUAGCUCAUCUCAUGCGAAGCAGGUAUUUGAUCUAAUGAGGAAGCAGGAAGAGACGCGUUUGGCGGAAUUAACUGCUGAGAAGGCCCAGUAUCUUGCCAUACAGGCUCAGAGUGAAGUUGAAAAACAAAUACAAAUGGCUGAAGAGCAAAGAAACUUAGUUCAACAAGCAGCACAAGCAAAGGCUCAAAUGGCACGUUAUGAAGAUGAAUUGGCAAGGAAAAGGAUGCAGACAGAGCAUGAAGCCCAAAGGAAACAAAAUGUUGAGCUUGUAAGGAUGCAAGAAGAAUCCUCCUUAAGGAAGGAACAAGCACGACGUGCUACUGAGGAGCAGAUUCAACAACAAUUACGACAGACCGAGAAAGAGAGAGCUGAGAUAGAGCGUGAAACAAUCAGGGUUAAAGCCAUUGCAGAGGCUGAAGGCCGGGCCCAUGAGGCAAAACUUACAGAGGAGCAUAACAGGAGAAUGCUUUUAGAACGCAUGAAGGGUGAAAGGGAGAAAUGGCUUGCUGCAAUUAAUGCAACUUUUAGCCAUAUAGAAGGUGGUUUGAGGAUGUUGCUAACUGAUCGUGCUACCCUUGUUAUGGCUGUUGGAGGCGUCACUGCACUUGCAGCUGGUGUCUACACUACCAGGGAAGGUGCAAAGGUGUUAUGGGGCUAUGUUAACAGAAUCUUAGGCCAGCCGUCACUUAUUCGUGAAUCUUCCAUAGCUAAAUUUCCAUGGUCUGGAAUAACACCUAAGAUCAUAAAGCUAGCUACGAGUUCAAGAGGAGCGUUUGGGAAAGAGUCAUUAUCAGAAAGCUCUUUUGAUAAAGUUAUUCUUCAUCCUUCUCUAAAGAGAAGGAUUGAACAACUUGCUAGAGCCACAGAAAAUACCAAGUUGCAUCAAGCACCAUUCCGCAACAUGCUAUUUUAUGGACCUCCUGGUACAGGGAAGACAUUGGUCGCUCGGGAAAUUGCUCACAAGUCGGGUCUAGAUUAUGCAAUGAUGACUGGCGGGGAUGUUGCUCCCUUGGGUUCUGAGGCGGUCACGAAGAUCCAUCAGAUAUUUGAUUGGUCUAAAAAGUCAAAGAAAGGAUUGCUACUCUUUAUUGAUGAAGCAGAUGCCUUUCUGUGCGAGCGGAACAGCAUACACAUGAGUGAAGCCCAACGUAGCGCAUUGAAUGCAUUGCUCUUCCGAACUGGUGAUCAAUCAAGGGACGUAGUCCUUGUCCUGGCCACCAACAGACCCGGGGACCUAGAUGCAGCCGUCACCGACCGUAUGGAUGAAGUCAUUGAGUUUCCAUUGCCUGGGGAGGAGGAACGAUACGAGUUGCUGAAGCUCUACCUAAGACGGUACAUAUUGCAAGAGGAGGAUAGUGGCGAACGAUCAUGGGGUUCCCUAUUCACGAAGCGGCAACAGAAGAUCACUGUCAGGGAUGUGAGUGACGAGGUGUUGCGUGAAGCUGCCAAGAACACUGCCGGGUUCUCAGGUCGAGAGAUUGCAAAACUCAUGGCCAGUGUCCAAGCGGCUGUGUAUGGCCGUCCUGAUUGCGUCUUGGACCCGGAGCUUUUCUCGGAAGUGGUGAACUACAAGGUCACUGAGCAUCACCAACGUAUUAAACUUGCUGCUGAAGCUACGUGUUGAGAACGACACUCCCAAGUGUCCAAUCGCAUUCUUUUUCAUUGAUUUGAGUCGUUAGCCGCCGUUGGGUGAGAAGCUAAUCUCACAUUUGUCGACUGCGUCUAGCUCAUAGAAAUAUGGCCAUUUACUUUUUGCUAGAUUCUAUUUUCUUUAUAUUAGGAACUCAUAAUUAUAAGGC